AUGUUGUGGGAGUCCGGUCUUAUUGAGGAAUCAGAAACGAUGCCACAGACAGUACCACGGUCCGGGUGCAGCCCGCCGUCGGCGUCUCAGGACGAGAGAACAGUCCCCACUUCACCAGCGGAUCUUCAUCAUCUCCUGCGCAUUUUAGGCGCCGCCUCUCCUCCUGAACCGAUGUUGCACUCCCCUCCCAAUCCACACGCGAAGCCCCCACCUCCUUACCCCGAGGACAAUAACAGCUUCUUGGACCGUCUGUACGAUUUCGAUGGUUACCCCACCCCGUCUCCUUCAUCUGACGAAGGAUCAAUUCCCACAGUGGCAUUACAACCAUCUUCCCCUUUCAACUCCUUUCAAUACUCAAACCUUUACGUCAAAGAAGAGCCGAACAGAUUGUCUGUACCUGAGUUUGCUUCACCCUACCCUUUAUCACCUUCCGGAUCCUGUGUUUCGUACGGCAGUCAUAACCACCACUCGUCACCAGUGUCUCACCACGAGGAAUAUAUAGACAUUGAAGAGUUAUUGAAAGAGAACCAAAUUUUACAAGAAAGCGUACAACAAAGCUAUAUCACACCUAAAAUUGAAGUUGAAGAGCCUAGGGACCAUAUUCUUUUGAGGUCUGCCUUAGAAGACACAUCAUUCCAGAAACGACUUAACCUUAGACCUAUUCCUUUGGAAUUGGGCAGUGUCAAGAUGGAAGAUAGCAGCGGCGGUGCGAAUGGAACGGGUGAUGACGCUUUAGUAGCUCCAGAUAUAGACCGCGUGCUGUCAAUGGCAAUUGAACAGUCAAAACGAGACGUAGACAAUACCUGCACAGUGCUGGGAAUAUCGCCAGACCCAUCGCAAUGGAGCACCAGUGAUGUGAAAGCCUGGGUUAUGUUCACAUUGCAACACUUCAAUCUGCCUAUGGUGCCUACUGAGUACUUCGCCAUGGACGGAGCUGCCCUCGUCGCUCUCAGCGAAGAAGAACUCAAUCAGAUAGCACCACAAGCUGGAAGCACACUGUAUGCUCAAUUGGAGAUUUGGAAGGCGGCAAGACACGAAGGCUGGAGACCUACUCCUUGGCCAGAGCACGAGCAGGCUUCACCCAAGCCUACGCCAGCUGUUUUACCUUCAGCUGAUGACAUGAGUGAUGACGAAGAUUCAGAAACUGCAGCCGCGAGUGCAGUGUCUGCAGGAGGCAAGACGAAGUCUGGCAGCACGCAUAUUCAUCUAUGGCAAUUCUUGAAGGAGCUUCUAGCCUCACCACAAUUGCAUGGAUCCGCAAUUCGAUGGUUAGAUCGAAGUAACGGUGUCUUUAAAAUUGAAGAUUCAGUGCGUGUCGCUAGACUGUGGGGCAAGCGAAAGAACAGGCCUGCGAUGAACUACGAUAAACUGUCAAGAAGCAUACGGCAGUAUUACAAGAAAGGCAUUAUGAAGAAAACUGAGAGGAGCCAAAGACUGGUUUAUCAAUUCUGUCAUCCGUACUGCCUUUAA